AUGAAAACCGACCUAGAGCUCGCCUUGGAGUGCGCCAUCAACGUCUACCACCAAUAUGCCAUUAAGUGGCCCAUAGAUGACUACCUGAACAAGACGGAGUUCUCGAAGCUGCUGAAGGAAACUGCCAAGCCCUUCCUCAAAAACACCGUGCCGCCUAACACGUCCAUCGAUGACUACAUAAGCAAGCUCUUCGCCAGAGCAGAUGGCAACCACGACGGUCGCCUGAAGUUCACCGAGUUCCUGACCACGCUGAAUCUUGUAAUCAUUGAUGCCCACAAUAGGUCCCACCAGCAUCAUGAGAGCCACGACCCGCGUCCAGAUGCUGGUCAUGGUCAUGGCCAUGACCAUGGCCACGAUCAUGGCCAUGGCCAUGGUCCCCGCAAGUGA